AUUUUACAGCAGCCAACACUUUCACGUAAUUAAACACAAGCCGAAUGUAAAAAAUGUCGGUGGUAAAAAAAGCAAAGCGAGUUGGUAGCGUUUCAAAGGACGCUACGUGGAAAAAGUUGGGUUUUCUACCGGCGUUUAAGGAAGGAAAGGUUGGAGAGGCCAAGAAGUACCGAGCACUGUGCAUCCAUUGCCAAAAGUGUCAAUCAAACACCAGUAUAGACCGGCUAAUCAUACACAGGAAAUCCUGUACAAAGUACCGGGAGGAUCUCACCGAGGAGCUGGGCGCGAAGUUGGAAGUGGAUGCUCCGGAAUCCAUGAAGACGGAGCUGAGUACUGACGCCUCAGAUCCAGCAGUAACACCUUCCAAUAUUGAGUUUUCGACCACCAGUCUACUGGACAAACUGCUGGAUGAGGACGAGAGUAGUGGGCGUAAUCCGGAAACCACCUUGGUGAGCUACCUGACUGACCUGGAUCAGCUGGUGGUCCCGCCAUCCGAUGCCAAUCGACUGCAGAAGGACCUCAUCAAGGCGGAGACGGAGUACUUGGAGGCCAAAUCCGACUACUUCACCAAGAUGAACGAGAUCGCCGAACUGAAACGCACCGUCACCAUGCUGGAGGCGAAAAAGACCCAGCUGGAGAUCGCUAAGCUGAGAGCCGAGUGCGAGUAGCCUUAGUUUUUUACCUACACAUCAGUUAAAAAUUUUUCUGAAUAAAUAAAAUUGAAUAGAUAAUGAAUAA